AUGAAGACCUCGUUCGCUAUCGCAGUCCUGACUGCCAUCGCCAGCGCCUCGGCCGCCAGCACCACCAUCACCUGCGACGGCGCCUGCCCCCCCACGACGCCCACCAACGACAUCGUCACCCGCGAGCCCAUCCCCACCGUCGACUGCACCGCGCCCGCCCUGUCCAUCAUCUCCAGCGCCAAGCCCAUGUCCUCAGGCGCCGGCCACGGCGGCAUGGCCUCGGGCACCGGCGGCAUGAUGCCCAGCCCCACGGCCGUCCCCGGCGGUGGCGUCCCCGGUGCCGCUGACAAGGUCGCCGGUGGCUUCGCCGGUGUCGCUGUCGCCGCCAUGGCCGCUGCCUUCGUCCUGUAA